UCUGGUCCUGCCCUCCCGGGGAGCCUGGCCUUCCGCAGCCGGCCUCACCCGCGGGUUUUCCCUCGUUUUCAGUGACAUCCCGCUCUCUGGCUGGAGACGCAGAUGGCCUCAAACGAGAGAGAUGCUAUAUCGUGGUACCAAAAGAAGAUUGGGGCGUACGAUCAGCAGAUAUGGGAAAAGUCAGUUGAACAGACUCAGAUUAAGGGUUUCAAAAACAAACCAAAAAAGAUGGGUCACAUAAAGCCAGACUUGAUUGACGUUGACUUAAUCAGAGGCUCAACAUUUGCCAAAGCGAAACCUGAAAUUCCAUGGACGUCUCUGACUCGCAAGGGCCUUGUUCGAGUUGUAUUUUUCCCAUUAUUCAGCAAUUGGUGGAUUCAGGUUACCUCUUUAAGAAUCUUUGUUUGGCUGCUACUGCUUUACCUCAUGCAAGUUAUAGCGGUUGUCCUAUACUUGCUGAUGCCCAUUGUGAACGCAAGUGAAGUGCUUGGACCCUUGUGCCUUAUGCUGCUCAUGGGAACUGUCCACUGCCAGAUCGUAGCCACUCAGAUAACCCGGCCCGCAGGAAACAAUGGAAACCGAAGGAGAAGAAAAUUACGAAAAACUGUCAAUGGUGAUGGGAGCCGAGAAAAUGGAAAUAAUAACUCCUCUGAUAAAGCUAGAGGAGUAGAAACUUUGGAAUCUACACCCAUUGUUGGUGGUUUUUGGGAGACUAUCUUUGGCAACAGGAUUAAAAGAGUAAAAUUAAUAUCUAACAAAGGGACUGAAACAGACAAUGACUCAAGUCUUCAUCCUAUCAUCAAGAAGAGACAGUGUCGUCCAGAGAUUAGAAUGUGGCAAACAAGAGAGAAAGCAAAAUUUUCGGAUGGAGAAAAGGGCCGUAGGGAGGCUUUCGGGCGUUUGGGCAAUGGGAUUUCGGACGACCUGUCAAGCGAGGAAGAUGGUGAAGCUCGGACGCAGAUGCUGCUGCUGCGCAGGAGUGUGGAGGGGGCCUCCAGUGACAACGGGUGUGAGGUUAAGAACAGAAAGUCGAUACUUUCAAGGCACCUCAAUUCUCAGGUAAAGAAAACCACUUCGAGGUGGUGUCAUGUCGUGCGGGAUUCAGAUAGCCUGGCGGAAUCGGAAUUUGAGUCAGCAGCCUUCAGCCAGGGCUCCAGGUCUGGUGUGGGUGGUGGCUCUCGCAGCCUGAAUAUGUCAAGAAGAGACUCAGAAAGCACCCGCCACGACUCGGAGACUGAGGAUAUGUUGUGGGACGACCUGCUGCAUGGUCCGGAGUGCCGGUCGUCUGUCACCAGUGACAGUGAGGGAGCCCAUGUGAAUACUCUCCACUCAGGGACCAAGCGCGACCCCAAAGAGGAUGUUUUCCAGCAGAACCAUUUAUUCUGGCUUCAGAACUCAAGUCCCGCCUCUGAUCGAGUUAGUGCAAUAAUCUGGGAAGGGAAUGAGUGCAAAAAGAUGGAUAUGUCUGUGCUGGAAAUAAGCGGCAUCAUCAUGAGUAGGGUUAAUGCGUAUCAGCAAGGAGUAGGUUACCAGAUGCUGGGAAACGCUGUCACCAUUGGAUUAGCGUUUUUCCCUUUUUUACAUCGACUUUUCCGUGAGAAGAGCCUGGACCAGCUGAAGUCCAUUUCAACAGAGGAGAUCUUGACUCUCUUUUGUGGGGCACCGCCUGUUACCCCUGUUGUCAUUUUGUCUAUAAUUAAUUUUUUUGAAAGACUGUGUCUUACUUGGAUGUUUUUUUUUAUGAUGUGUGUGGCAGAGAGAACGUAUAAACAGGUCAGUGGAGAAGUAUGCCAAGUGUUUUACCUCUGUUUUUGUAUAUGGCAUUCCAUCGAGUUGGCUUUUGUCCUUUUGGUUUGGUCUCUUUCCAGAAGUUAAUGUGGGCAGUAAGGGAUUGAUAAGUGGA